AUGUUCACGUCGUAUGCAGUCUGCCUUCUCGCAGGCUUGUCUGCCGCAGUCGGCAGUGUCUUCCCACAUAUUCGCCAGGAGUACAACUCGUCACCGACUGUGACUCUGGACUAUGCUACCUAUCAAGGCGUCAGACUCCCAGCAGGAGUGGACCAAUAUCUCGGGUUGCGCUAUGCGGCAGCACCACUGGGCGAUUUGAGAUUUCGUGGGCCCCAAGAUCCUGUAACAGAGUCAGGCGUUCAGGACGCGUCGAGUUUCGGCCCUAUCUGCGUGGGAACUGGCCAAGCCGCGUCAAGUACUCAGACAGAAGACUGCUUAUACGUCAAUGUCUUCGCGCCGUCAGGCGCGACGCCAGACUCAAAGCUCCCUGUUUGGCUGUAUAUCCAGGGUGGCGGUUACUCAGCUAAUGCGCAAGCCAACUAUAAUGGUACCGACGUAGUUCAGCACUCUGAUCUCCACAACGGCACAGAAAUGGUUCUUCAGUCAGAAUAUAACCUCGUCUUUGUCAACUUUAACUACCGAGUCGGGGCACUAGGAUUCUUGGCUAGUGAAGAAGUCCAGCAAGAUGGUGACCUGAAUGCGGGAUUACUAGACCAGAGGAAAGUGUUGGAGUGGGUCCAAGAAAACAUUGCCAAGUUCGGCGGCGAUCCAUCGCACGUCGUGAUCCACGGCUCUUCCGCAGGCGGUGGCUCAAUAGCACAUCAUCUGACUGCUUACGAUGGCGAGGAUAAAGGGCUCUUCGUCGGCGCCGUACCCCAGUCUCCCUUCUGGCCAAUCCAGCGAAACCUCAGCGAGAUGGAGUUCCAGUACGAUCGCUUCGUUACAGAAACGGGCUGUUCCAACGCCACCAAGGCCUUGUCAUGCCUUCGAUCCUUGGAUCUGGCCACCAUUCAGAAGGCGAACAUUCUUGAACCCUUCCCUGAAGCAAGCGACAGCCCACUGCCUCUAUGGUACUGGCUUCCGGUGACCACUGGGCCCGGGACGCUGGUUCCUGAUAACCUUUACAACUCUUUCGAGGCAGGAAAGUUUAUCAAGGUGCCUAUUCUGAUCGGCGACGACACAGAUGAGGGAACUGUAUUCGCGCCCAACGCCUCCACUCAGGGUGACGUGUCACGGUUCUUCAAAAACAACUACCCGCUCCUUGAUCAAGCCCAACUUGAUCAGAUAAACCAGGCGUAUCCGCUUCAAGACCCCUUACCGAAACACGCGGCUUACUUCCCUUCGGCGGCAGCAGCAUAUGGCGAUGCCACGUUCACCUGUCCGGGGAACACCAUGGCCGAGACAAUGUCGUCCUUUUACGAGCCCGGAAAAGUGUGGAACUACCGGUACAACGUCAUCGACCCCGUAAAUGUGGCUGCAGGACUAGGCGUGACUCACACCUUUGAGACUGCCGCGAUAUUCGGGCCGGGCUUCGCAGGCAGCGUCGCAGACAGCUAUUAUACGACAAACGCCGAGAUUGUGCCUGUGGUCAUGAACUACUACAUCAGUUUCGUCAGGGCCCUGGAUCCAAAUAUCUAUAGGUACCCGGGAACGCCGGUGUGGGAGACAUGGGGGGAUUUUGGGGGCGGGCGGGGGUUCAGGUUGAAGUUUGAGACGAAUGAUACGGUCAUGGAAGAGGUGCCACAGCAGCUGGCGGACCGUUGCGCGCUAUGGAAGGGGUUAAGCGACGCGAUGGAGGUAUAA